GAUUUCUCCUUUAUCUUCCCAGUUUCUUGGCACCAUUUAGUUUGGUCGCAGCUCCUUCUCCUCACUUCCUGUGCAUAAUGAUUCCACUAUCAGAAAAGAGACCAAACCUCUAUCACCAUGGUGGACAUGAAGUGUCUGAGUAACUCUGAAUUACAGAAUCGACUUGAUGAGCUUGGAUUUUCACCUGGCCCAAUACUACCUUCCACCAGAAAAACAUACGAAAAAAAGUUAAUGCAAUUGUUGGUCUCACCUCCCUGUGCAUCACCUGUGAUGAAUGGAACCAGAAAGCUGGACAGAGCUCAGGACUAUGAUGACAGUAAAGAACUUAAUGUCACUAUCAUUUUGAAAGGAAAAAUACUCUCAUCAGAAAAACACAAGAGACUCAAAAAAAGACCCAAGGCUUCCCGCACUAAACCAAAAGUCCAAGAUAUCUACUGUCUGGAUCAUAAGCAUUCUGAGAAAAUAAGGUGUGCCUCAAGAGCACCAAACACCAGAUUCAAAGAAUGGAGUAACACCACAAAGAAAGACUACUGCGUAAUAAACAAGAAUGUUGGGAGCAGGAAGCUAGAAAGGCUUCCGGUGGGCUUGAAGCUUGCUGUGUUUGGCAUCUUCAUCAUUGUGGUAUUUGUCUACAUAACUGUGGAAAAGAAGCCACUCUUUGGUUAAGUGCUUUAGGAGCAUAGCAAUGAUUGCCUCCAAGCUCUCCUGCUUCAAGAAGGAACAGGACUGCUCUUAAGGGGAAGGGCCAGCCAUGUAGCCAAGUAGUCUUCCUUUGCACUGUAUCCGAGCUCAGCCAGGUAGAAGGAAUGAGGGGAAGAAGCAGGCACUUGUGUCAAAGAGUUGGAUUAUAGGGAAGUCUCCCAGUCAUGUCAGCCAUCAUUAAAGGGGCUUCCACAUUGGAGCACACUUCUAAAAAAGAAACUGUGCCUGAGUUUUUCUUUUUAACUAUGGUGACAAGUCAUCGAUCUCAUUUCAUUCACUCUUUAAAUUGUAGUCAACUAUAGAAAGGCCACAAAAGGCAAUUAACAAAAAAAGAGUGUGUCUAGUUUGGCAAACACAAGGAAAUAUCUAACAUCACCAGUAAUGAAAAGAAAAUAA